GGAGGAACUUCUUUACUUCAACCAUUUUCUGGAAUAUUCUCCUAGGCAAUGGCUGAGACCACCACUGCCGAGAGAUCUACCGGCACAGUCAAAUGGUUCAGUGCACAAAAGUGUUUCGGUUUCAUAGCUCCCGACAGCGGAGGCGACAACCUUUUCGUCCACCAGACCUCUAUUCUUUCCCAAGGCUUUCGUACCCUCUCAGAUAACCAACCCGUUGAGUUCUCCGUUGAUAUCGGCGAAGACGGACGAGCAAAGGCAGUUGAUGUAGCUCCUUUGGCCCGAUCUCGCCACCCUCUCCGUGGUGGUCGUGGAGGCGGAAGAGGAGGAUAUUUUGGCGGUAGAGGUAGGGGUAGUGGUGGUGGUUACAGGAGAGGGGGCUAUGGUGGUGGUGGCAGAGGUAGUGGCGCGUGUUAUAAUUGUGGGAGGACGGGGCAUUUAGCGAGGGAUUGUUAUCAAGGUGGUGGAAGUACGAGAUACGGUGGCGGCCGUGGAGAUGAUGGUGGAACUGGAAUAUACGGCGGCGGCGGCGAUGGUCGAGGAGGAGGGGGACGGUGUUUUAAUUGUGGAGAUGAAGGCCAUUUUGCGAGGGAUUGCCCUAACAAAUGAUUCACAAAACAAAAUCGGUGUUUCUAUAUACUCGUGAGUAUUUCUUUUAUGGUGUGUUGCAAAGGGGUUUGUGACAAAAGGAAGUCCAGAAAUUCUUGAUUUUUCCAGUUCCUACUUUUUUUUUUCCAAUUCCGAGUGAUCUGGUAACAUUGUAUAAUGUGUUAUUAUUGUGCUUAUUCUCUUAUUCUUAUCGAUUCUUGUUCUUUCGAUCCUUAAUUC